AAUUACAAAAUCAGAAGAGAUCCCCCCCCCAAAAUGAGUCAGAUCCUCUGGGCACAGACCUGAAGUCCCUGCUGCUCCUCGCUGGCUGAAGAUCCAAGGUGGUAGGAGAAGACACAGCAUCUGCAUCGUCUCUGGGAUUAUUAUUCAUCACUUCCUGCUGCCUUUUCUUUUGGGACAAGAAGCUUGCAAUCUAAAUGUGUGACAUGAUUGAACCCCAGCCCCCUCAGAAGCUGAGCAAGAUGAAAAAGUUGAGAAGAACUUUGUCUGAGAGUUUCAGCAGGAUAGCAUUGAAGAAGGAUGAGAACACCAUUGAUGAGAUAUGUGUCACCAAGAUGUCCACACGCAACUACCAGGGAAUGGACUCUGUGAUCAAACCACUGGACACCAUUCCUGAAGACAAGAAAGUCCGGGUUCAGAGGACUCAGAGCAGUUUUGACCCGUUCGAAAAGUCUGCAAACCAGGUGAAGAGAGUGCACUCUGAAAACAAUGCAUGCAUUAACUUUAAGAGUGCCUCCGUGGGGAAGGAGUCUCCCAAAGUCAGACGUCAUUCAAGCCCUAGCUCGCCAACAAGUCCUAAAUUUGGUAAGGCCGACUCUUAUGAAAAACUGGAAAAACUAGGAGAAGGCUCGUACGCUACAGUUUACAAAGGCAAAAGCAAAGUAAAUGGAAAGUUAGUGGCACUAAAGGUGAUUAGACUGCAAGAGGAGGAGGGGACUCCAUUUACUGCCAUCAGGGAAGCAUCACUGUUGAAGGGGCUGAAGCAUGCGAACAUCGUUCUUCUCCAUGAUAUCAUCCACACCAAGGAGACCCUCACCCUGGUCUUUGAAUAUGUGCAUACCGAUCUGUGUCAGUACAUGGACAAAUACCCCGGGGGUCUGAAUCCUGACAAUGUGAAGCUAUUUCUGUUCCAGUUGCUGCGAGGACUGGCCUACAUUCACCAGGGCCACAUCCUGCACAGAGACCUGAAACCGCAGAACCUUCUCAUCGGAGAUACGGGGGAGCUGAAGCUGGCCGACUUCGGUCUUGCACGAGCCAAGUCAGUCCCAAGCCACACAUACUCUAAUGAAGUAGUAACACUUUGGUAUAGACCCCCUGAUGUCCUUUUUGGCUCCACAGAAUAUUCCACCUGUCUCGACAUGUGGGGUGUAGGAUGUAUAUUCAUAGAAAUGAUCCAGGGCGUCGCUGCCUUUCCAGGAAUGAAAGACAUACAGGACCAACUGGAGCGAAUAUUUCUGAUUCUGGGAACACCUAAUGAAGAGACAUGGCCGGGGGUCCAUUCCUUACCACACUUUAAACCAGACCGAUUUACACAGUACGGCCCUAAGAAUCUGCGACAGGCUUGGAACAAGUUGAGUUAUAUGAAUCAUGCUGAAGAUCUCGCCUCCAAAUUGCUCCAGUGUUUCCCCAAAAACCGAUUAUCUGCCCAGGCUGCUUUGAACCAUGACUACUUCAGCGAUCUUCCCCCACGGCUCCUUGAGUUGAGCGAUAUGUCUUCCAUUUUUACUGUGCCGAAUGUGAAGUUACAGCCAGAAGCUGGAGACAGCAUGCGGAUGUUCGGAAAAAACCAUAGUUUCAGUAAAAGCCUCUCAAACAGCAAGCACUGAUGAUGUCAUGUCACGUGGCAGGAUUUAGGAGAACACGUCAAUCAUUGAAGAAAGAAGAUCAUGGAAUGAGAAUAUUUGCCUUAUGGAUAACUUUUGGUGGUUGAUCAUCAACCUCACGCUGACUGGUCACUGCUGAGGAUCUCCCAAGACAAUGUUCCACCCACUUAUUUGCUUCGAGCCUUGCACGCCAUUUGCUACCUUGUGAUUUAUAUGAAGAUUAAAAUGUAAUAUCUACAUGGCAUAAUUUUUUAUGUUCUUUUAUUUUUUUAUUUAAUUUCAGACCACACAUGUUCAUAUAUCUAUAAACCUUCCAGAUUUUUGCUCUACGAGGCUGAAUUUCGCUAUUUAUCAGUUUGCAAGACUUUUCAUAGAGAAAGCAAAAAUAUCAUUUGCAAUAAAUGUUUGAAGCAAGUUCAUACUGGAUCAUUUAGUAUACAUUUCUAUAGAAGGACUUUAAUGUCAUUGGGCAUUGCGGCCUCUUCUUACAAUUAGCAAUAUUUUGUUGAGCAUCAAAGCAAGGAUGAGAAAACACUGACAUUUGUACUUCACUACUACAUUAUAGAAAUAAUGUAUUCAUGUUUUUUUUAGAAUAAAACGUAUAUAUAUAGAGAAUAUGAAUGGGAAUGCAGGAGUUGGGUUGGGUUUUUUCAGUCUUGUAGCUAUGGCCAAGCUAACCAAAAAAUUACAUUUUCUCCGUUUGCAGCCCAUUUUUUCCUGGUAUUUAACGUUCUUAUGGUAUUUUCACUCUCCUAUUUUCUUCUGGUGUUUCAUUUUUACAGAUAUUUAAAGAUGUUAGAAACAUAAAAAAUAACCCCCUGCACCCAAAGUCAUGAAUAUUAAAAAAAUAAAAAAAUCCCCUGCAUGGGAACUACUGUUAGCCCUCAGGUUUCUUUUAUUUGACCAGUAUGUCUCCAUACUUUUACAUGUCUUUAUUUACAAACACUAGUUGAAGCAGCUCUGCCUGUCUGACACACAGCGGGAAAUCCCAGCACCAUCUGAACUAGAAACUGAGUUAUAUGCAGCCAAUAACACACUAGUUGGGAAGGAAGCAGCUACAUUUUCUAGACAGAGGGCAGUGUUCAAAUGUUUUUUUCCCUUUAUAUGAAAAUUGGAAUAAAAAAAUAAAUAAAUGAUACUAUGCAUUUUAGAUAUUCUGUGGGGGAUUUACUAUCAAAAUGCACAUGAAUUUUGGUGCAGAGGGUCCGGCAGUUGCAGAAAGUCCAGAGCCUCUAGGUGUAACAGCAACACCCCCAGUGCACCUAGAGGCUCAUUUGCACAUAUUAAAACAUCAUUUUUCUCAGCAAUGCGGGCACAUAGGAACAUGGGACCAACACAGAUGCCUUCAGCUGCCAAGUGCACAUAUAACAGGUCAGCCGAUUUCAUAGGUACAAAUCUGCUGCCCUUUAAACUAGGCCAACUAAUAGGUCAUAGAAAUUAAGACUAAGUCUAAAAGUGUGCCACCUUUAUAUUGACUAGUCUAUAGACCGUCUAGACAUGUUGAGACUGUGUAGUUUAAGCUAACACUGUCUAAAUAUUAUUAUUAUAUUAUCAUAAUCUCUAUUAAACUUCUUUCAUAGUAGAAUUAGGAAUAUAAAUUAAGGACAAAAAAAAUCACUUUUUAAAGGGAUAAUAGAAUUUGGACAGUCUGUUUUGUUAAAAAUGCUCCUCAUAAUAAAGAUGAUCAUUGGUUGUCCCACUAAGAUUGGAUUCCUAGCCAUCACUUGUAUUCUACUCUCUCUGCAACUGCCGCACUCUCUGCACUUUGAUUAACAGGUCCAGGUGUGAUUAUGUUUUCACUGCUUGGUCCUAUCAAUCAAAGUAGAGAGAGCUCAGCAGUUGCAGAGAGACCGGAGCCUCUAGGUUCAAUGUCAACGCCAUUUUAAUGCAGUGCCACUACAGGAGAAAUAAGAAAUUGCAUUUGGCCCAUUUUAAUGAAAGGGUUGAUGGUCCCGAAGGAGGUUUCUUCCUCUCUGUUGACUCAGAAUUUCUAAAAAGACUUUAAAAAUUGUGGUUUUGAAACCGUACUACACCUUUAAAUAUUCAUAUCCCAAAUGGAAAUUAUGGAGGCAGUAAUCCACUCUGAACCCCCUCUAACCUGCUUUCUUAGCCAGAGUAGAGAAGCCACUGGAAAAGGUGCCUUUACUUGUGGUGACCUCAGCUCGUCAAAGCCAUCCAUGGUCACCUAAUUAAUUUGAAUGGACACCAUGUAAUACAGCAUCUCUCCUGCAGUGGCCACUAGAGGCCGAAUAUAAUUUCAACUUGUUGCAAUUAAUAUGAAAUAUCCCUUAAUGUGUGUUGCAGAGUUUGUCAGUUCUAUAUUCAUCUGCAAAUCUACCACGGUGAUCUUAUUUUUUCGAGUCAUAAAUAAAAGGGGUAAUUAGCAUUGUGUAGAGUUUCUGAUCACAUACUGUACCAAAGCAGCUUCCAGUUUCCUGUCUUGUACAUGUUCCAUGCUGAUUGCUUGACACCUCCAUGUGCAUUAUGUCUAUUGCUUGGCUUUCUUAAGUGAGCUGUUCCAGUACCAAUAUGAUAGGAUGUAAGGACAGCCUACAAAAUCUUCAGGAUCUCUUCGGUGUAAGCUGGGAAGUAUAGGCUCUUUCUUCAUUCAUUACAUUGAAUUACUAAACUUGGCUCUUGAAAUGCAGCAGACAGCUUUAAAGCUUUGUCCACGUCCCACUUUUGAGCUAGGUCUUUGGCUGCAGAUGAGUUAAGCUCUUAUACAGAAGAUUAUGGGGUAUGGCCAGUUUAGGAGGUUGUGGCUAGAGACUGUUAAGUGAGGCUGUCAACUUUGACAGAAACAUAAAAAAAAGCCAUAUUUAGAUUUUAUCGAAGAAAUUCAAGAAUAAAUGGUUCCCAUUACUGGUGCUGGUCCAUUCCAUCACUCUCCCCCAUCCCAGUAGGUGCGGAGAGGAAAAGCAGGUUCACAUGUUCUCAUUGCCCAUUGGGAAGGGAGAAUGGACUAAACAUUGGGGCCAGCUUCAUGUUGACCCUACAGAAGACACUGGGUGGAAUAUUUUUUUAAUUUUUUCUAUUAUUUAUUAUAAAUUGCUAGGUCGUAAGUCCAGCUUGCAUAUUUUUUUGAAGUCAUAGCAAGUGGAUGCUCAUUACCAUCUUUAGUGUUUAUUGAAGACCUACAUACUCUAAAGGGGAUUCCCAUCCCCAGAUGUCAUUGGUGCAUGUGAGAUAUUUGCACUUGUGGUUUUUAUGAGGCAAGACCCCACCAGUCCUCAUCGGACAGUGGUUCCUUAGGCCCACCAGAGGAAA